AUGAAUUUUGCGCGGUGCUAUCACUCAGCAUCGGUACUAACUAAUGGACAAGUAUUAGUUGCUGGUGGAAUAACCCCUAGUAGUUCUCUGUACAGUGCAGAACUGUACAAUCCACCAACAGGACUUUGGACAAAGACUGGCAACAUGAGUUUUUCACGGUACGGUCACACAGCAUCCAUACUAACUAAUGGACAUGUGUUAGUUGCUGGUGGAUCUUCAAGUAUUAGUGUCUCUGUGAAUAGUGCAGAAUUGUACGAUCCAUCAACAGGACAUUGGACAAAGACUGGCAACAUGAGUUUUUUGCGCGUAUAUCACACAGCAUCUGUACUAACUAAUGGAAAAGUGUUAGUUGCUGGUGGAACUGUAAGUCUUGGUGUCCGUUUGAAUAGUGUAGAACUGUACGAUCCAUCAACAGGACUUUGGACAAAGACUGGCAGCAUGAGUUUUUCGCGCGCAUAUCACACAGCAUCUGUACUAACUAAUGGACAUAUCUUAAUUGCUGGUGGAUCCAACCCUACGGGCUAUUUGAAUACUGCAGAACUGUACGAUCCAUCAACAGGACUUUGGAGAAAGACUGGCAAUAUGAGUUUCCCAAGCACAUAUCCCACAGGAUCUGUACUAACUAAUGGAGAAAUAUUAGCUGUUGGUGGAAAUAUCGAUGGUAAGUCUGUGUAUAGUGCGGAACUGUACAAUCCAUCAACAGGACUUUGGACAAAGACUGGCAACAUGAGUUUUCCACGCGAACAUCACACAGCAUCCGUACUAACUGAUGGACAAGUGUUAGUUGCUGGUGGAAUUGCAAAUAUGAGUGUCUAUUUGCAUAGUGUAGAACUGUACGAUCCAUCAACAGGACUUUGGACAAACACUGGCAACAUGAGUUUUUCACGGUACGGUCACACAGCAUCUGUACUAACUAAUGGACAUAUCUUAAUUGCUGGCGGAUAUGGCUCUGGCUAUUUGAAUAGUGCAGAACUAUAUGUAUGA